UGUAUAUUAGUUUGUGUAAAGCAGUGUUCUAUCUAGAAGUGCGACGCGCUCUGACUGGGUCAAUGCCAUUGAUAACAUAAACAAAACAAAAACAUGGGUAAACUAUGCUGUGAAACAACAACCAAACGAGGAAUAUUGAAACACGCAUUUUUUAUAAGUGUUGUUGUAAACAUUGUGUUAGUGACUGUCCUCAUUAUACUGUUUAUCAUUCGUCAGACGUUACGUGACCGAGAGUUCUCAACAACUGACAUCCCGUCACCUAAAACUGGUGCACUGAAAGACACUGGCGGCCAACUAUGUCUGCCUUGUGACUUCAAGGGAACGAAAACGAACGAUACCUUGUAUGAAUUCAUACUACAGACAAAGAAAAACAACACACUGUGCUGUCUGCGACGGGAUGAUACCCUUCAGAAUCUGAUACUGGAGCUCGAAGAGACCAACAGACGUAAUGGGCACUACGAUCAAAAUAACAUGAAUCCAGGGAAACUGCAAUGGUGGAGAGAAAGAAAUCAUGCUGCCCACCUGUACCUCAAUCCUUUCACUAAUGGUAUAACAUGGAGAGAGCAGGGCUGUAAAACGUCAUUUUUACGAAAUCUGACAUUGACCGAUCUUGGACGACGGCUGACCAUUCCAGACUUUUCUGGAGCAGGCAUGUACUUUGUCUACUCCGUAUAUACCUUUGACUUCGGCAAUGAAGCUACUGACAGACAGGCGCCGAUAGGGAUUCACAAUGUCUACCACCACAGCUCAUCCUUCAUCAACAGUAACGACAGACCACUACUGUGGAUGUCAAAGUUAGGAGGCGAGAACACUGCGAAAAGACAGACGAGCUUUCUUUGUGGUGUGGUCUCUAUGAACAUGAGGGACUCCAUUGAAACUGAGGCAGUUUCGAUUGUAGCCGGAAAAAAUGUCACUUUCAAACAUAUUGACAGAUUACCUUAUUCCAACUACUUUGGGAUGUUCAAACUUAUGGACUUUUUUUGACACAUUGUACUGACACUUAAACAAAAAUUCAGCUACUGUAUUUACCUAAUGGAAAUAUUGAUUAAAACAUUCAGAAUA